CCUGGACGUCAUUAAGUUGAACGUUGAUGACACGCGCGGAAUUGGAAUCAUGUCAUCAUAAUACAAUCCAGUUACAAACAUGUGUGCGGAUUCUCUACAAACUAGCUCCGUUUCGAAGGGAUGCUUUGUUUUCAAAGCUAAGAAGGGCAAACCAUUGAAUCCCUGUGAUUACAUGCAACCAGAUGAAAACGAUACAGAUGCUACAUGGUUCAGAUGCAACACCUAUGAGGCAUUAUGGGAUAAAGUUGGUGAAGAAGUCGAGAAGUUGCAGUCAGAAGUCAAUGUGCAGAUAUUCACAGACUUGCUCCAGUUCAUCAAGAAUGCGCAUUUUGGAUAUUCUAGCGACGAUGCAAUACCGCAGCAGCGACCGCGGCGGGUCAUCCAGGAGGUGCCUACAGCGGCCUUUGUAGCUGGUGUUAAUGUGCCGGACCACAGUGCAACAUUCACAAGUGUCACCAACCUGCUCAAGGAUCAAGUGACCCCUCAUGUUGCUAGUCUUUUAUCCCGUGAUUGCAACAACAUCAGAGCAUUGAUGUCGAACCUAGUCUCCCAACUAAUGGGUACCGAUGAUAUUCUGAGCGAUGAUGAGGAAGAGCUGAACGUUAAGAAGAUUCCAGCAACGAUGCCGGUCCUGAAAGCGUGGUAUCAAGACACAGUAAAGAAACGGAAAGCCCAUCGGCAAGACUCCCCUCCACCUAAACUCCCAAAGAAAUCACCACGUAGUAAGAGAAGACGGUCUAGCUGCUUACUGAAUAAGAGCUACAAUGAACAUCCACCCAUCGUUUUACUCUUCGAAGACCUAGAGAGCUUCAAUCCGAGAGUUCUUCAAGAUUUUAUUUUGAUGUGCAGCCAGUACUUGGUAGAGCUCCCUCUUGUGUUCAUCUUUGGCAUAGCGACAUCAGUAGCUGCCAUUCAUCGAAUCCUUCCCCAGGAUGUGUCUUCGCUUCUCAGCAUUGAGAAGUUCCAAGCUCAGCCCUCGACGGUUUACUUGGGUCAACUCAUCAGUAAGGUUCUUUUGACGCCAUCCCAUCCUUUCAAACUCGGACACAAAGUCUUCCAACUUCUUCUGGACAUUUUCCUCUUCCAUGAUUUUUCAGUGAUCAACUUUGUCAAGGGACUUCAGUACUCACUAAUGGAUCACUUCUUCAGUAACCCUCUGAGUUUGUUAUGCUGUAACUAUGGAGAAGGUCUCAAUAGAGUACGUACGUUGAAUCACGAGCAGCUAGAGCUAUUCAGGCAAGCUGUGUCAUUCAGAACGUAUGUUGAAGACCAGCCACCAGACCAACAGAGGGCGCUCUUGCUUGAUGAUAAACAUCUGAAGAAAACACUGCAGGAACUCUUGAAGAAGCUGUUCGAUUACCACAAGGCAUUCUACCCAGUGAUGGAAAGCCUGAAUAUCUUGACGGGCCACCUACCACAUCACCCACUGGGAAAGCAACAGCGAGAGCUGUAUUCCAUGUGUCUGGAAGGGAACAUCUGGGACUGCCAGGGGUACAAGGAAGCCUUUGCUCUUCUCAGAUUAACGGCCAGAGUGGAGCUAAUGACCAUCCUGACAUCUUGUAUCGAGAGACUGUCCUGCUCUGAUAAUCCGUUACAAGAAGCUCGCUUUCAACUUGAAACCUUCCAUGCCAGACUACAGACUCUCACAGACGGGUGCCAUGAGCCAGUAGAAGAGGAACCAGAGGAAGACACAGCGCAGGAGUCUAGUAACAAGACCGAGAGGAUAACACUACGCUCCCUGCAGCAGAAACUGAUGGAGUCGGUGAAGAAGACUCGUAAGCCAACUCGCUACGAGAGCCUGGUGGAGGAAAUAUUGGAAUACCUUGACUCUGUCUUCAGGAAGUACUUGGUGUGUCCACAGACAUUGACUCUCCAUGAGAUUUUCUACUACAAUUCAGUUGCUGACGUUAGACGCCAUAUAAACGCAUCACCAAGAGCUGCCAUACAGACCGCAUUAAACAAUCCAUUUCAUUACCUACAGAGUGAGCACCCUCCGGCCGAUACAGAAGGAAUACUAGCCACUAUGCCUGAUGUAUGCAUAGCCUACAAACUGCAUAUGGAAUGUGGACGCCUGAUCAACCUCUACGAUUGGCUACAGGCCUUUAUCACCGUGGUUACAGGUAACCAAGAAGAUGAUGACAGUUCUCUUGGCAACAAGAAGCCAGAUCCACAACUACAAGCUCGCUUCAUCCGUGCCGUAUCGGAGCUACAGUUUCUAGGAUUCAUCAAAGCAACUCGUAAGAAGACGGAUCAUGUGUCUAGGCUGACUUGGGGUGGUAUAUGACAGAGACAUCCUGCCCCCCUCAAACCCUCUCACUCCCCCUUCUCUCUGCCCAGGGGUGCGGAUGAGGUUAGAGUGCUUGUUGUUGGCACUUGCAGUCAAACACAAGUUCAAAUUCAUAGAGGACAAAAAUUGGUUAUCAAUUUUGUUGCUUAGCAGAUAUGAGAAGGAUACAUGUGACAUGGUAGUUUUGCUUGUAACAGAAAUGCUAAGUUCAGAGACUAGCUAGGAGUGAGAUUUUUCAGUCGGGUUGUCAGACUGUUGAGUUGAACACUGGAUGAGUUGUCUGACAUCCAUAAGGCUAAUUUGAUUAGCUGGACGGCGGCAUUAGUCUUUUUCUUGUCGCCACACCUGUGGCCCUGCUGUCGCCACACCUGUGGCCCUGCUGUAAUCAAAGAAUAUCGCACUGUCUCAAAGACUACUCGUCGUGCUUUCACAUCCAAAAUUAUUAUGGCUUCUAUCAUUUUUUAAAGCAAAAUGUUUCAUAAACUUUCACCAGAAUGAGGGCACACAAAGUGACAACUGGCGGAACAAAAUCGGCAUAAAAACAUGGGUUUCUAUUUUUAAAAUGAUUUCACCUCCUGAAGGUGCUUGCCUAUAGGCAAUUAUUCCCCACCCUGCGCUUUUUUCCCCCUGGUCCCUGGUCUGGCACUGAGGGGUGAGAAACUGAUUGCAGCACGUGUGAGCAUGAGACAGACCCCCUGAGGUGUGACUCUCACACCUGAUGCAUGUGGUGUUCUGGUAAGCACAAUGCUGUCGUGCUAAGCUACUUUCUGUGCUUAAGCAGCUCUAUGAUAUUAGGCCCAGGUGGCUCAUACACUGAUCUGAAAAAGUUUUCAGAGAUUUGCGGUGAUGCGGCUUAUAUUAUUCCGUCAAGGGCUUGCCCCUUGUAAAUUGCUUGUCGACUCAGGUUAAACAAAUGUACAGAAACUAUGCCACUUUGGUGAUUUCUUUGUAAUUGUUAAAAAGAGAAAAUCAAAAUGAAAUGACAAAAAAUGAAAUGAAUUGCUUCACUCAAGUGAAGUAGAAAUUAUUUUUUCAAAGGAUGUUUUUUUAUUUUUUUAUUAUUUAUAUAUAUUGCCAAUGAGUUUCCAGCGUUGAGAAUUACAAUCGUGUCUUCUUUUGUAAAUAUGAACACAUAUCACUGACGGCCUCCCUCAAUCGCCCUUCAAAAGACCACCCAUGCCCAGCUCCACACAGGGAUAGCCUUACCCCACACUGGUCAAACUGUCCAAACAUUCCAUCACGGCAUCAAAGAAAAGAAUGUGCACAUGUGUGCAUCAAUAAAUGACUGGCACGUCCCGACACAUUCACCCUUCCAUUGAUUGAGGGAAAAAAGACAAGAAAAAAAGAAAAUGCCACAGAACAAUUUGUAUGCACUUCCUCCUCUGUCCGUGAAAGUUGUGGAAUUUGGAGUAACUGUUGCCCAGUAAUCCAGGCCUACUAG